AUGACAUUUCAGCCAGAUCAACAUGAAUUACAGCAGGUCAUCCAACUACUUCGCCACGCGCACUCAAUGGAUCGAGAAGUGCAACGAACGGUCCAAGUACAACUAGUCCAACUAAACGAACAUCAACAAUUCUGUUGUUAUCUCGUCUUCAUUCUCUCCGAAAUGAAGGGACAAAUCGACAGUACCAGUAGAUCGCUAGCCGGAUUGCUACUCAAAAACAAUAUCCGCGCGAAAUGGAACAAAUAUCCGCAAGACGUCAAAUUCUUCGUUCGUACCACCUGCUUGAAAUCCAUUGGAGACGCCGAACCCCUCAUCCGCGCGACCGUCGGAAUCAUCGUCACAACCAUUGUCAUGGAAGAGAACAUGUGCGAUUGGCCGGACCUUCUAGACACCCUAGCUACCGUACUCAUGCAACCCGACGAGUUGAUGCAAGAGGGAGCACUUGGAGCACUUCAGAAGGUUUUUGAAGACUCUGCCGAUCGAUAUGAGUGCGAAUUUUUGCGGCCGAUCAUGCCGAAACUUCUCAUUUUCUACGAGCAUCAUAACGCUAAAAUGCGAGCGUUGGCUAUGAACAGUGUCAAUUGCAUUUUGAUGGUGAACAAUGAUCCCAUAGACUUUGCCAUUGAUGAAUUCCUCACAGCCUUGUUUGCUCGCCACAAUGAUAAUGAUGAGGAGGUUCAGAAGCAGCUUUGCAGAUCGUUGACUUUGUUGCUAGACACUCAUAUCGAGAAAAUGAUGCCACAUUUGCCGAAUGUGAUUGAGUAUAUAAUCAAGAAGACGCAGGAUCAUAACGAGAGUAUUGCUCUCGAGGCAUGCGAGUUUUGGUUGUCGAUCGCCGAGAAUAACGAGAUUUGUCGGACGAUGGUGCUGCCCCAUCUGGAUAAACUGAUUCCAGUGCUCCUGGGAUCUAUGAGAUACUCGGAAACGGAUCCAGCGUUGAAGGCCAACGAGGAGGAUAGUUCUGUGCCAGAUAGAGAGGAGGAUAUUAAGCCGAGAUUCCAUAAAUCGAAGCAGCAUGGACUGGGUGGAAUCAUGGAUUCGGAUGAUGAGGACGAGGACGACGAUGAUGACGAUGGAGGUGGUGAUUGGAAUAUUCGACGGUGUGCGGCGGCGUCGUUGGAUGUGCUCGCGUCGAUUUUUGGGAAGGAUUUGUUGGAUAAACUGUUCCCGUUGUUGAAGGAUACACUGAUGAAUGAUAAUUGGUUGGUUAAGGAAUCGGGAAUUCUUGCUCUCGGAGCCAUCGCCGAGGGAUGCAUGGAUGGAGUCGUACCACAUCUUGGAGAACUGAUACCAUUCAUGCUGGCCAUGAUGUUUGAUAAGAAGCCGUUGGUGCGAUCAAUCACGUGCUGGACCCUCUCCAGAUACAGUUCUCAUAUUGUGUCGGAUGAGAAUUUCCGGCAGAAUUUCUUUAAAGAUGUCUUGGCUAAUCUCCUCCGAUGCUCUCUGGACAGCAACAAGAAGGUUCAAGAAGCCGCUUGCUCAGCAUUCGCGACGUUGGAAGAGGAAGCCGGCGAGCAGUUGAUUCCGUUCCUCGGAGAAAUUCUGGAGCAGCUGGUCAAAGCAUUCCAGUGUUAUCAGGCGAAGAACCUCCUGAUUCUAUAUGAUGCGAUUGGAACUUUGGCAAAUUCGGUGGGAGAAGCGCUCAGUCAUCCGCAUUAUGUUCAGGAAUUGGUACAAUUCGAUUCAAUUAUCUAUAAUUCAAAUUUCGCAGAUGCUCAUGCCACCACUAAUGGAAAAAUGGGAGCGUCUAAACACGAAGACAAGGAGCUCUUCCCCCUCCUGGAGUGCAUCUCAGCCAUCGUCUCCGCCAUGGGACAAUCCUUCAUCCCAUACAUUCAACCAGUCUUCACUCGAUGCUGUAAUCUCAUUGAGAAGUGUGUCCAACAGAAUCAACAACACCUGAUGUCACCAGAAACCGUUGAAGCACCCGAAACAGACUUCAUCAUUGUUGCUCUAGACCUACUCUCGGGUCUCGCAGAAUCGCUUCCCGACCAUAUGCCGCCAUUGGUGACGAAUUCGAAGCUAAUCGAGCUGAUGUUGUUCUGUUCGAUGGAUGUCACGACAGAUGUCAGACAGUCGUGUUUCGCAUUGUUGGGCGACUUGACAAAGGCCUGUCCGGAGAGAGUGUUGAUACAGAGCAGCAACUUCAUCUUCUUCCUCGCUCAAAACCUGGACCCGACGAAGAUUAGCGUGUGCAACAAUGCGAUCUGGGCUCUCGGAGAGUUGUCCCUCAAAAUGGGACCCGCGAUGAAGCAGUUCGUCGGACCGAUCACCGAACCGCUGAUCGCCGUCAUCAACACGCAACAGAAUAUGCAGAGGACGUUGUUGGAGAAUACGGCCAUCACAAUCGGUCGCCUGGGACAGUUCUGCGGCGAGGAGCUGGCUCCACACAUUUCUCGAUUCAUCCGUCCGUGCUGUUAUUCACUUCGUAACAUAAAGGAUAACACGGAGAAGGAGAGCGCAUUCAUUGGAUUGUGUAAUAUGAUCAAUAUGAAUCCAGUGGGUGUCCUCAACGAUUUCAUUUUCUGGUGUGAUGCGAUUGCUUCGUGGACGACGCCUACCGAAAAUUUGAGAGCUCUUUUUGCGGGGGUAAGUAUUCUCCAAUCCUUCAAACUUCAAGUCGGCGACUACAACUGGAACGCAUUCAUUGCUCAGCUUCCACCGCCACUUCGCGAACGUCUCACCGCGUUCAUGAGAUUUAAAUUCUUUUUUUUUCUAAGCCCCGCCGCCAUCAUCGCCAUUUUUAUUAAUAUUAUUAUUAUUUAUUUUUUUUUCGUCUGGUGUGUGAAGAUCUGGCGUUUUUUACUCUUCAAAUUGCCUAGAUGA